AUGACGAAAGGAGCAGCGGCGGUCUGCGCGCCUCCCCAGAAGACAGCCAUGUACACACCGUACUUUGCGCGCAAGAAGCAGAACGACCUUGCAACCUCCCUCCCCGAACUUCCCGACAGCUUUUUUGGCUGGAUCUUGCCGCUAUGGAGAAUCACCGACGAGCAGGUGCUGGCUUCGGCGGGCCUGGACGCAUACGUAUACCUGGCCUUCUUCAAGAUGGCUAUGAAGUUCCUUCUCGUCACCCUCUUCUUCGCACUCGCUGUCAUCAAGCCCGUCCACGAUACACACCCAGAAUCCAAGAAGCUGCCUCCCCCCGAUGACGACCCUCACGACAAGCGGAUGAAACCCCGAGCGACCUUCACGAUCAUGGCCGCCGAGUACGAAUACGCCACGGACUAUCUCUGGAUGUAUCUCGUCUUCGCAUACCUCUUUACCGGCCUGAUAAUGUAUCUGAUCGUGUCUGAAACAAGAAGGAUCAUCGACGUUCGGCAGGAGUAUCUGGGCAGUCAAACCACCAUCACAGAUCGCACCAUUCGUCUAUCCGGAAUACCCGUGAACCUACGUUCAGAGGACAAGAUCAAGGAGUUCAUCGAAGAUCUCCAGAUUGGCAGGGUCGAAAGUGUCACAUUGUGUAAAAAUUGGAAAGAGCUGGACAGAAAGGUCAGCAAGCGACAAUCGAUUUUGCGAAAGCUUGAGGAGGCUUGGACAGUACACCUUGGCAGUCGUAGGGUCGAGCGAAGCCUCGAGACUCUUCCCAUCGUCCAGCCGACUCCGCCGCAGUCCGCCGAUGACGGCCACAGCGAUGACAACGAAGCCAGCCAUCUUAUCCGACAGGUUGAUCGAGACCCGGAUUAUAUCGUCCCAUACGACCGGCAGCGCCCCACGAUGAAGUUACGUUACGGACGCUUCAAAUUAAGAUACAAGAUUGUUGAUGCAAUUGACUACUACGAGGAGAAGUUGCGCAGAAUAGACGACGAGAUCAAGGCGCUUCGAAAAAAGGAAUUUUUGCCGACUCCGUUGGCCUUUGUGACCAUGGACAGCGUAGCGAGCGCUCAAAUGGCUAUACAGGCCGUUCUCGAUCCUUCUCCGCUGCAACUACUGGCCAACACUAGUCCCGCACCCUCUGACGUUGUCUGGUCUAAUACAUAUCUCUCUCGAAGCCAGAGAAUAACACGCUCGUGGUCAAUUACCGUAGCUAUUGGUAUACUGAGUGUGUUCUGGACGACACUGUUGGUCCCUAUUGCAGGUGCUCUGAACAUCUGUUCCAUUCAGGAAGUCUUUCCCAGUCUUGCCGAAGCUCUAGAUCGUCACCCAAACCUUCAGUCCCUCGUCAGCACUCAACUACCGACAUUAGCGCUCACACUCAUCACCGUGACCGUGCCCUUCCUUUACGACUGGCUGGCAAACAUGCAGGGCAUGAUAUCACAAGGUGAUGUUGAGCUGUCUGUAAUUUCCAAGAAUUUCUUCUUUGUCUUCUUCAACUUCUUCAUCUUAUUCACCAUUCUCGGAACUGCAUCUGGCUUCGUGGCGCGGUGGUCCAAGUUUGCUGAGAAGCUUACAAGCGCUACGCAAAUUGCUUAUGCCUUAGCUCAGUCGUUAUCUGAUCUCCUUGGUUUCUACACGAAUUUUAUAAUUCUCCAAGGAUUUGGACUCUUUCCGCUACGAUUGAUGGAAUUCGGCGCGCUGUCACUCUACCCGGUCUAUCUAAUAGGGGCUAAAACUCCACGAGGUAAGCUUUUUCAAAACAGUAUCGGGGCUCGUCUAAUUCCGUUCAGAUUAUGCAGAACUCGUUCAGCCCCCGGUCUUCAGCUAUGGCUUCUUCCUGCCGCAGACAAUCCUCAUUUUUAUCAUCUGCAUGGUGUAUAG